AUGGGUCAUCUCAUCACUGUCGCAACAAGCGCACUAAACCAAUGGGCUUUGGAUUUCGGGGGGAACAGGGAUCGCAUUCUAGAAAGCAUACGUAUUUCAAAAGGGCGUGGGGCGACGCUUAGAGUCGGCCCGGAGCUCGAAAUACCGGGAUAUGGGUGUCUUGACCACUUCUUAGAAGGUGAUACCACAGACCACUCAUGGGAAAUUUUGGGAGAAAUUCUCCAGAAUGAAUGCGUUCAAGGAAUAGUAUGCGACCUUGGAAUGCCAGUAAUCCACAAAAGUGUAACUUACAACUGCCGAGUUAUUAUUCGGGGGUCCAAAAUCCUCCUAAUUCGCCCAAAGAUGUGGCUAGCCAAUGACGGUAAUUAUAGGGAGUUGCGCUAUUUUUCCCCGUGGCACAAGCAUCGGCAAGUCGAGGAUUUCUAUCUCCCAGAAUUCAUUCGCGAAAUAACAGGCCAGAUUACCGUCCCUAUUGGAGAUGCCGUUAUCAGUACAUUUGAUACAUGUAUUGGUGUGGAGCUAUGCGAAGAGUUAUUCACACCUGCGAGUCCACAUACAUUAAUGGGGCUAGAUGGGGUGGAAAUAUUCACUAAUUCGAGCGGGAGUCACCACGAGCUACGUAAGCUGCACGCACGCGUGGACCUCAUCAAAGAAGCGACAGCGAAACUCGGCGGAGUAUACCUUUACGCGAAUCAACAAGGGUGUGAUGGAGAUCGCCUGUAUUACGAUGGCUCUGCUCUCAUUGCCGUGAACGGACGCAUCAUCGCGCAAGGGUCGCAAUUCUCCCUCCACGAUGUGGAAGUUGUUUCCGCCACUAUUGAUGUUCACGACGUGCGAUCCUACCGCGGCCGCAGCAGCAGAAAUAUGCAAGCAGCAUCUUCCGCGGCAUAUCCCAGAAUUGAGGUUGAUGCGUCGUUAUCGCCGGGUGUCCCUAAGGUGCUCCCUGACGUGAAGGCUGCCCGCGAGUUCCAAGUUCGAUUCCACACUCCCGAGCAAGAAAUAGCUCUUGGUCCUGCAUGCUGGCUAUGGGACUAUUUACGAAGGUCCCGCACUUCGGGAUAUUUCGUUCCAUUGAGUGGCGGCAUCGAUAGCUGUGCAACCGCCGUCAUUGUUUAUUCUAUGUGCCGCCUCGUAACUCAAGCGGCCUCUGAAGGGCGCGAGCAAGUGAUCGAGGACGCACGGCGAAUAGUUGGUGAGAAACCAAAUUCAUCCUAUGUUCCGAUUGAUCCACGGGAGUUCUGCGGGAGGAUAUUUCACACCUGUUACAUGGGAACCGAAAACUCCAGUGCUGAAACAAGGGACCGGGCCAAGAAUCUUUCAGGGGCCAUCGGAAGUUAUCAUAUUGAUCUGAACAUGGACACACUCGUUACGGCCGUGCGAAACUUAUUUUCUCUUGUCACAGGUGUCAAACCAAGAUUCCGUGUGCAUGGUGGAUCCGACGCGGAGAACCUCGCACUCCAAAAUAUCCAGGCCCGCCUGCGGAUGGUGCUAGCUUACCUGUUUGCGCAGCUGCUUCCCUGGGUCAGGGGCGGAGUUGGCGGGCUCCUUGUAUUAGGCAGUGCAAAUGUUGAUGAAAGUAUACGCGGCUAUUUCACCAAAUAUGACUGCUCUUCCGCCGACAUCAAUCCGAUCGGUGGGAUCAGCAAAACAGACCUCAAAAAGUUCAUUGCCUAUGCUAAAGAUGCAUUUAAUCUUCCUGGUUUGCAAGAUUUCAUGGAUGCAGUUCCCACGGCAGAGCUUGAGCCUAUCACACAGACAUAUGUUCAGGCUGAUGAGGCCGACAUGGGCAUGACUUACGAUGAACUUUCCAUAUUUGGCCGCCUCCGCAAAGUCGAGCGAUGUGGCCCAUACAGCAUGUUCACCAAGCUUCUCAAUGAAUGGGCGGGCAUGUGGUCUCCGGCGCAGAUUGCGGAUAAAGUGAAGCGUUUCUUCUUCGAGUACGCGCGAAACAGACACAAGAUGACAACCAUCACGCCAUCAUAUCACGCAGAGACCUAUAGUCCUGACGACAAUAGAUAUGAUCUCCGCCCAUUCCUUUACCCAGCUCGCUUCCCCCACCAGUUUGCGAAGAUUGAUGAAGUUGCUGACCGAUUCGAGCACUCAGAGCUCUAUCAAAAAGCAGACCCAGCGUAA